AUGGCCCUAGUCCUGCCCACUACAUGCGUCGAAAUCCUGGACACGACGGAGGCAUUCAAAGAGGAUGACGGCGAGUACAAGUUCGCUGGCACCCUUAUUGUCUAUAGGGACAGCAAGGAUAUCUACCAUGGAGUCAGCAAGGACCGUGGCCUAGUAGCAUCUGAACUUAGCAUCAGCCAGCUUACCAACAAGAUUCAGAUUCCUGCUACCGCUUACAGUCCUACCUUUCCGCCAACUUACACACAAGCGCCUGACCCGCUGCCACCUAAUACAUACGUCAAAAAGCCUAGUUUCCUCUCUUACGAUCGCAUUCACCAAGGCACUUUGCCAAACAAUAUUGCAGAUAAUGUUCUUGCUAAGAUUCAAACCUAUAAGCUUUUAGAACAAAACCUACACCCUAACAUCACAAGAUACCUUAGUUACUAG